AUGAUUGAAGAAGUAGAUGAAGAAAACUUAGGGGAUGAAAGUUCAACUUCUUCAUUUGAGGGUACUACUGCUGCUGAAUACGAAGAUGAUGAGGACGACAAAAAUGGUGAAGAUAAAGAUGAUGAUUUCAAAGAAGGAGAAGUUAAUAUAGAUGGAGAGGAGGAUGUUGCUGCGGAAAAUGAUGACAAAGAACACCCUCCGAUAGAUUCUGAAACUCUUCCUAUUGUUAAUAUUCCUGCGAAGUCUCUUGCGAUAAUAGAGGAGGAAGAAGAACCUUUAUAUUAUGGGGAGUAUGGAUAUUCACCAGGUACUCAUGUUGUUAAUGCUAGGACGGGAGAUACUCCUCCCAUGAAUCCUCCUACAACUGCACCGGUAAUUUCACAGAGGGUUCCUCUGGUUCCUUUGGUAGCGCCAAAAGUAGUGGCUCAUGAAAUUAUCUUCCCAGUAGAGACCACUAAUUUGCCCACCCCAACUACUAGAGAUUCGAGUACAGAGGCCAGAGCACCUUCUUUUGCUGACAUGUUAGGGGCUGGUCCUUCUACAGUUUAA